UGUCUCUCCUCUCUCUCUCUCUCUCUCUCUCUCCCUCUCUCUCUCUCUCUCUCUCUCUCCUGCCCCAGUGCCCCGUCCUAAAUUCAUUGCCCGUACUCAUCCAUCUAAUCCUUCUCUGUGGACUAGAUCGCUGAUUAGAGAAAGAGGGCCCUUCAUGACCAGUCGACUCGGGUCAGACUCAGCUCAGGCGGUCUCCAACUCGCUCUCGAGCUCACUCCAGCUCUAGCUGAUCAUCAACGACACCGUUUCACCAUGACCCAGCCUUUUGGUUGUGAUGGGUGAGGAGACGUCUGAUGCAAUGAACCUUGACCUGAAUCUGGGUCCUGGUCCCGAUGCUGGCUCAAUGUCAAAUGAACCUGUAAAUUUGGAUGCUUGGACUGAAGCGCCUAUCCGCAGAAUUGCGGAAGCUAUGAGGAGGGCCAGGCAGAGGAGAUGGCCGCUACCUGAAAGGCGGAAUAUUUCCACGCUACCUGAAAGGCGGAAUAUUUCCAUGCUACCUGAAAGGCGGAAUAUUUCCAUGGAGUUGAAUGAAUUGAUGGUCAACUCUGGUAACUCAAGUACAUUACAACCCGGUGAGGGUAGCCUUACAGCAGAAGAAAGAACAAGUGACGCACCCAAGACAUGUGAUAAUAACAAUGGGAUUUUGGAAAAUGAGAAUUCUGAGAAUAAGGAUGAUGUUGAAAAGGGCGGUGGCAGUGAUGGGAGCUUUUUCGAUUGUAAUAUUUGUUUGGACUUGGCUAGGGACCCUGUUGUGACUUGUUGUGGUCAUUUGUUUUGUUGGCCAUGCAUUUACCGUUGGUUGCAUGUGCAAGAUGCAAAGGAAUGCCCUGUUUGUAAGGGAGAGGUAACAAUGAAGAAUGUCACCCCAAUCUAUGGUCGUGGAAACAACGUGCGUGAGCAAGAUGACGACUCAAAUCUUAAGAUCCCUCUUAGGCCUCAUGCACGUCGGGUUGAAAGUUUUAGACAAACCAUUCAGAGGAGUGCAUUGAGUUUUCCGGUAGAGGAGAUGAUUCGCCGUCUUGGUAAUAGAUUUGAUUUGACUCGGGAUGUUAUUCAUCCAUCAGAGCCUGAGAAUACCCGGGAAGCAGCAGAAAGAACUAAUUUGUUAAAUAGGAUUCUGACAUCUCGAGGACUGCGCAGAGAGCAAAAUCCAGUGGUACUUGCAGAUGAUGUUGUGGAUUUAACGCAAAGCAACGUGACCGCUGUUGAAACAAGGGAAAACCGCCAACUUCAGUCCUUACUACUUAGAAGGACACAAUCGCACAGAGCAACACUAUCUUCUCUCUCGUCUGCAUUGAGUUCUGCUGAAAGGUUAGUUGAGGCAUAUUAUCGUAACCGUAAUAGAAAUCAAGAACAACAGCAGCCUGCACCAGUUGAUGAUAGAGAUUCUUUCUCAAGUAUUGCAGCUGUUAUAAAUUCAGAGAGCCAACUGGACACAGCUGUGGAAAUUGAUUCCAUGGUUUCCCUUUCAACUUCAUCUUCCAGAAGAAGAAAUGAUUCGUCAAGAGUUUCGGACAUGGACAGUGGAGAUUCUCGUGCCCACAGAAGAAGAAGACUUAACUGAAAGCAUCUUCUUCAGCCCACAGUAGCCUGCACCAGUUGCUGAUAGAGAUUCUUUCUCAAGUAUUACUGCUGUUAUAAAUUCAGAAAGCCAACUGGACACUGCUGUGGAAAUCGAUUUCAUGGUUUCCCUUUCAACUUCAUCUUCCAGAGGAAGAAGUGAUUCGUCAAGGGUUUCGGACAUGGACAGUGGAGAUUCUUGUGCCGCCAGAAGAAGACUGAACUGCAGCAUCUUCUUCAGUUCACCAAACGUUAUCCUGUAUGUGCUCUUUGACUUUUAUUUUAUUACCCUUUCCUCCUCUUAAAUGCCUUUCCCAGUUCAGACUCUAGGAAGUAUUCACCUUUGCCGUAACCUUUGUCCUUUGACUUUGAUGAAGUGUGAUUAUGGAACUUCCGCAGCUAUCUGCUUGAUUUAUUUGUUUUAGAUUUUCAUAUAAUGAUCCUCCCUUAACCGAAGGAUCUUAGGCUUUCAAUUUGCAUGGCAAAUCAUUGUACACUAGUACUACUAGUAGGCCAGUUUCGUAGUUCCAUUGUAAAUAGACUCAUGAACUUCUUACGCUAGCGUUCAUUUGGCAUAAUUCUCUAUAAUAUUUAAACUCGCUUCUAUUAAUCC